UAUUUACUUUGCGUGCGCGUCAUUGGUACUAUAAAAGAGGUUUGCAUUUGUGAAACGGUAUACAACGGCUCAUGCUGUCGUUUCAAACUCAUGCUAUAAAUAAACGUAGCGAAGCAAUCGACGAAUUCAAUUUAGAAUAUUGAAGGAGCAGAAAAAUAAGGAUAUGUCGACGGUUAUCUUUUAUGCGCAAUGUCUUUCGUUAUGCUUUGUGGCAAUUCGUGUCGGAGAAGCCAUUAAUCCACUUGCCAUAAAAAGAAUGAUGACGGACGACGAGUUGAGUCAAAAACCAACUAUAAUUGAGGGCGACAUUGUCCCCGAUGAGAAUUUGCUGAAAAUGAUGGAACGAAGUCAUGGAAGACGACAGAAAAGAAUGGCGAGAAAGAAUGUCAAGUUAUGGGACAAUGGUUUGAUUCCAUAUAACAUCUCAAACAGUGCAACACCUCGUUUUCGUAAAGAAUUGAGGAGGGCGUUCAGAGCUUUGGCAGCCAAAACCUGCAUACAUUUCAUUCCGAAAAGACCAUCGGACAAGCAAUACAUCACGUUCAAACAGGGCCAAGGCUGUUAUUCGUUGGUUGGCCGGAAAGAUGCUGGUCAGGAAAUAUCCAUUGGUGUCACGUGCCAGACACGCCACCAUGCCAUUCACGAAAUAAUGCACGCUCUAGGGUUUUUACACGAGCACUCAAGACCAGACCGCGAUCGUUACGUGAAAAUACUGCACUGGAACAUAGCAGAUGGCAUGGAUAGAAAUUUCAAGUCAUACUCAAACCUCGAUGUGGACACCUUUUCUCAGCCAUACGACUUCAAUAGUCUUUUACAUUAUAAUAACAGAGCAUUUUCGAAAAAUGGUCAAGAUACAAUUCAAUCAUUAAGAAACCCCAAUUUAAGAUUUGGCAACGCCAAGAAUCUCAGUCCUGGCGACGUUAAAAGAAUAAGAAAAUUGUACAAAUGCGACAGACGGAAAGCCAAACUUGAUGCUGGUAGCAAGACCUACUUUUGUCAAAACAAGAUCUCCGGGUGCAAGUCAUACACGGAAGAGAGCGACGCUUGCGAAAGCAACUAUCCAUUUAUGAAAUUAUACUGCCCACUAGCGUGUGGAUUUUGCGGGAAUGGAUAGGUCUUGGUCAGCGAAUGAAAAUACAGUUAGAAGUGUAUAGCAAUAUUUUACGUAUUCAUAAUAGCAUUAGCUGCAUUAUAUGAGCUGUUUUUGCAACAUUGUAUAUAACCCAUCACUAUCUAUUAUUUAUCGAGCUGAAGUGUACCUAUUGUGUAAAUUAACAAUCAUGUGAAUAAAUAUGGACGAAAAUCUA